CCUUCAUCAAUUCUGAGCGACUCGACGGAGAAUUCCAGAGCCUAACACUAGGGCCGUACGGCCGGCGACUCCCUCUUGUUCUCUCAUGCUCAGAAAUGGGCCGAUCCUAAACAUCGCGAUAUCACUUGUACAAUGUUCCAAUUCCGCACAGUACCCUGCAGCAUCCCUAUACCCCACCGCUGUAGUACAUAUGAAUCCCGUUUCAGCCGGAAUACACCUUGCCAAAAUUCAUCGGCGCGAUCUAUGCAUAAAAUUGCAACGAGGACUGAGCAUGCAAGAUGAUGCAGAAGUCGAAGAAGGAUGAUCGUCCGAGGUGGUUGCGGCAGUUUCUAGUUAGCCUUUGGUGGUGAUCGAUAGCGCGGAAGCUAAGCCAAAGAGUGGAGGUUGGAACCAUGGGAUGUUUCGGCUUACCGAGAGAUUAGGGGCAUUUAGGAAAAAAGAUGGAUAUCUGUAUCGGAGUACGAGUACCUUUGUACGGAGUAAUGGCCCUGGGAUUGAUAUUGGGUGAUAUUUUAGAAUCGACUUGGGGGAACACUACCUAAGGGACACAGGGAUUCUUUGCUUGCUAUGACGAAGCAAACGAAAAAGUAAUACAGUAAUAGUGGACGGU